AAUGCUGUCAUGUGUCAGCAUCAGGUGUUUAAUUUUGUCACACUAAAACAUGCCAGAAAGCAACAAUAGUUACACCUCCUCUCCGUGUUCUUAUACUUUUACAUACAAAAGGACAGAUUACUCAUGGACAAUUACAAACAAAACAAAAAGACAUGAAUAGAAUUUGUGAUAUCUUCAGGCAUUUAGAGCAUUUAUGUACAAGUUUGUUUAACAUUACAGUUGUUUGCUCGUUUAUUUUCACAGUUCACAUUUAGAAGAUGCACUUUUACCUUUGGGCAAUAAUCCCGCUACAGCACAGCUUGAAGUACUACAUACUGAAUUCAUUUACUGUUUUGUGACUUCUAGUAGUAUGUUCGAGAGUUUGCAUUAAUAACAAAAUGCUAAUCCCAACCCUCAUUCAUUAGCGGAUAAGAAGUGUGGUAGCAAAAUAUAGUUGCUACACACUGAUCUGAAAACUUUGUAUAUCAAAUACACACUGUUCAAAAUAAUAAUUCAGAUCACAAAAAGACAUUAUCUUUUUUCAACUUCUGCGCAUUAUCACAACAUUUUUACAACUCCCCUCUCAAUUUAUUGUAAGAAAAACAAGUCUAAUAUUCAACUCUGUAACUGUUGCGGCUCACGUUCUAAAAUAAAGCUACAAGUAACUCCUGUGUGUCCUCACGUGAAGAUAACGUAACUGAGAUAAACAAUGCGUGAUUUUUGGUUUCAAAUGGCUUUCACUCUCGAAGUCAUGAAAUUUUCUUCUUCUUAUGUCGAGUCAUUACGGAUGUGGAGGUCUUUCCAGAUCCAAUUCACGUUCCAUCUUCCGUUUAUUCCCUGCCUCAUAGACCACUGAUUAAAUGUGGAUUAAAUGUGACUUAAAAAAUGGCAUUGCAAUAUUUGCUAUUAUAGAACAUGUUCUGAUAACAAAUGCUGAAAAAGUGUCUGUGGAGAUGUAGUUAAAAUUGUCAAUAUUCAUGGACUGCUGGUUUGGGUCAUAGUUACAGUAUCAAUGACUGCAGUGCUUUUACAAUGAUAUACAUUUUGAUGACAGAACAUUUACUCUGGAUUGAUUUCUCAGUCUGCAUUUCUUGGGUUCAGAAUUGGUUCAAGUUAUAUUGCACAGCUACAGCUUAUGUGCGACUGUGUUAAACCCCUGUAAGUCACAUAAAUCUCAAAACUGACAAAUGCUUCUCAGUUUUGAAACUUACGGUAAAACUGCAGAAGCUGUAGUUGGACAAUCAAGACGUUCCUUAAUUUGUACUUUACUCCUAAUCAUUAAAUUACAAGAGAUGCAUAUAGGAUAUUGUAAUUUUUUUACAAUAACGCCAAAGGAAUAUCAUUCAAAUAUAAAAUGAAUAGGACUUGAUUAUCUUAAUUUCAGUGAGCAUCGUUAGCACCUUAAAAGCGCCAAAAGACCAAGCAUCCUGCAAAAUUACUAGAGCAAGACACUGAUAGCUCAUAGAUUUAAGGCAAACAAUCACAGUAAAACUGGAAAACUUAAUUCUUAACAUGUAUGAUACAGUAGGUGCUAUAAAGAGAAAAGCAGUCAAAACACAGCUCAUAUCUUAAAACUUUAUUAGUGGCAAAUGUGGCAAAUUGUUAUUAUACAGAAUACUAUUUAAUUAGCUUCUUGACUAACAUAUAAAACAUUAAUGCUUAACUGGUUAUCUCAUAACUUUACGUGGUAGACCAUCACAUAAAAACUGUGUAUAGAUCUCACAAAUGUGAGAGCUCAUGCUACAAACAUUAAAGUUAUUAAGUAAGGAAGGAACAUAUACGAAAAUCACUAAACUGGAGAUACAAGGCUUUUAAAACAGAAGCAGUUUGAAAUAAGUGGUUAAUCAAUUAUCAUUUGAGAAUGUAAGCUGCUGUUAUAGCUAUAAAUGACUGUAAAUGACCUUCAAGAACAGAAACAACACACUUUAACACUGAAUAGCUGUAACGGUAAGCUGAAGCUGAAGUAAGCCUCCACUACAUCCGUUUGUGUAGUUUUUACAUAUCCCCCACUGCUACCACAUUACACCUUGAGUUACAGUAAUUCAAUACACUGUCUGCUGCCUUUGGGGCCACAUGUGAGCCACGUCUGGCUCGAGACUGAAUGCUGCUACGGCUUUCUCUCUUCUGUCUUCUCCCAAACUUUUUCUCUCUGAGUGCAUGAAAAAAAAAAGUGUGAAGCAAGCGGACUGCCCUCUCUUCUCUUUCAAAAAAGAAAAGUGAGGGGCUCAAAGAGACACAUAUCACAAGUGCCUGGUACAACUGCACUGUUGUACUGAUGGUCACCGUACAGCUCCACUGGGACAGAUGGGAUUUAAUCUGCUUGGCCGAUGGGCACUUCAGCAGCAGUUUCUGGAGGUUAGAGAGCACUUAUCACACAAUUCCCCUACCCAGACUUUCCCAGCGAGUCCUUGGAGUUAAACCAUUGACCCUCUGGUCAUUGCUGCUACAAUGCUGCUGCCUGAAGUAAUCAUCAUGCAUGCUCCAUCUAUGCAGUCUUUAGCAGCCAAAACAACACAUCGCUUACAACACUCAUCUUUCUCUCUCUACAGUUUUGAUCACUUUAAACCUAACAGCAAUGAUUCAAACCAAAAGCAUUUACAAAUACAUUAAGAGCAUGCUGGCAGUCAGCCUAAAGAAUUCAUUGAGACAAAUUGAUCCCUAUCUGUUUAAACUGGCACUAUAAUCUGUCAUUGGCAAAUUGAACACAGUGAGCUAUCUGGGAUCUAUUGCCUUUUUAGAUAGUGGCCCUUGGGGCAAGCAGACAGAGAGAAAGUGAUCCACGCCGCUGAAUGAACUCUAUGUAAGGUUUUCAAUUGAAACAUGCAUGUCUGCUUAUACGAACACACUUUAAAACACAUCUUUUUCCUCACACUCCACAUAACUAAAUGCUUUUAUAGUGCCUGCACGCGUAUGCCGUCAACUUGCUUGCACACAUACCACAUUUAUAAUAAAGGGCUGUUACUGGAGGUAGUAGAAUGCAGUUUUUUGUCACUAAAUUAAAAUUACAUUUACAUCAGAAAAACAAGCACAGUAGUCUUUAAACCUUACAAAAUCCCUGUUUAGAGCAAUAUAACCAUUAAAAUAUUCAUAUCAAAAUAAACUACAGUGUACGUCUGGUCAGGAUAAAAGCCAUAGGAAAAAAAAAAAAAAGAAUUCUAUAUUAAUCAUGUAAUUAAGUUAAGUUUGUUUAUUUAUCAUAAAAAUGUAAACCUUAAAAUAUCCCUACAUCAUGCUACUUUUCUUAUGCUGCCUUUUUGUUCUUUGGUCCUGUAAUAAUGUGGGUAAAAAAAAAAAUUAAAUAAAAUUUAAAAAAUUAAUAUUUGGUUUGUUUCUUUUUUCCCUACCCAUAAUAUCACAAAGACGUACCAUUACAAAGAGUCAACCUUUACCAGAGGUAAAAGGUGCUGAUUGAUAUUCAAUGCAACAGAUGAAAGUCCCAUGAAAUAUGGGACACAUCCACCAUAAUCAAAUGAAGGAGAAACAAUUUAGGGGUGUUAAGUCUUUUGAUUUUUUUAUUUAUUUAUUUAUUUAUUUUGCUCUUUGUUUUGUUUUUUAUACUAAUGUGUGUGCUUUGCUUGUAAUCUUUUUUUGACCUGCUGCCUUUUUAACUAGAAAAUAAUCAGCUUAUAAGUUAUCUGAAAUUCUUUCUUCAUUUAUGAUAUUUUGAUUUAAAUUGCGUCAGUGGGCAAAAACAUGACCAAUAUCUCUCUUCGGGGUGUUUUUAAGUGGCACAGUUUAGUUUCUGUCUUGAUUCCACACAGUCAUCUAAUUCAAUCAGACUCUUGAAGUUGAUUAGCCUGGUUAACCUUUGCUCCUGCUCGGGUCUGGAAGGGUUAAUCAGGCCGGGAACUUGGAGACCUCCGGGUCAGUAUCCCUCUAUCUGCAUGAAGGACUUGGUGGAGGAAGAUUAAAGUCAACUCUUUCUUUUUUUCAUUUUUGACUUUUAGCACAAGUGUGAGAGAGCUCUUUGGCCGUCAGCAGUUCAAUUUUCUUUUUUAGAUCUUGGUGCGUUUUAAAAGCAUAUUUGUAGGAAUUACAUUAUUUUUUAACUGAAUUGGGUUUUUAGUAUAUGUCUAUAGCGUUUUGCUGAAUAUAAUCACGUCGGAGCGCACUUCCCAGUUUAACCUGAUACUGGAGGGAAAGCUUUUCCUUCGCACGCCCGUAAAUCUCAAGAAUUGUCUAUCUCGCUAUCGAUUAAUUUAACUGCAAUCAUUCCAAUCGGCACAUCUCCAGUCCCGUGUUCCAGAGACUGUGCUUUGUUUUACUAACAAUAAUAAAGUGAUUUAGUCCUUUCUCCCUGCCAGAGCAUGGGAAAUCGUUAAAGAUCCAGCUAUUUGUCUGUGAUCAGUAAAUAUUUAGUGCAGGCGACAUCCUCUGUCUCCUCUUAAUCGAUACUGAUCCCGUUGGGCAGCGCAAUUGUUAUGUGCAAGCCGGCUUGCUGAGCAUAUACUGCUUUUAUCCUCUGCUUGAAAAGGAGAACCAGUACAAAUCACACAGGAAACUUUUAAAUCCGCGAAUUAAGAAAAACUGCAGGACAAGAGUUUCGAAGUGGGGGGUCUAAUAGUUAAGCAGUUGUGCUGCUGUGGGAACGUUUAUGCUUUAAGAAAAUAGUGCGCAAAUUUCUAUGCAUAUUUACGCGUGGUUCAUUGGGCAGUCAUAAUUUAUAUAUAGGCCUUCCUACUAUCUGCCUAAUGCAUACAUGCUACAAGAGUAUCUGCUAAAAGGUUAAUUAUCCUCUUAUGUCAUUACUGACGCAAACCAUAUUUCUUAAUAAUAAUAAUAACAAUAAUAAUAAUAAUAAUAAUAAUAAUAAUAAUAAUAAUAAUAAUAAUAAUAAUAAUAAUAAUAAUAAUAAUAAUUCAUGUAUUAACAUUUUGUAGGAUAAAGUUAGAGCAUUUAUUAAAUUAUUUAUGGUAAAUUAAUUUUUACGUAUUUAAUAAGAGCUUGGCUCAUAUUGCGUGUUGGCUUGCUCUCUCCAUAUAUUUCCUAAUAUGCAAAAUCUCAUAAAGCUUGCUCGCCAUACUUAAAGACAGGUGUCUGUUCUGACUUCACCCCCUCCCUCUCUCCUCAAUAGCCCACACAAAGCAGCGGCGUACGAGCGCGUUUUGGCCAUAUUACUGUAGGAGAGAAAAAGGCGCACAGGAUCUCUCUCUCUCUCUGCCUGCUGUAAAGCUUACUUAUCAUUUCCAGAGGCAAUCAAAUGAUAUUCUGCUCGGACGACACGUCAACUUAUAUUUCCAGUCUCUCGCCUAACAACACAUGACGUGAAUCAGUUGUUUGUUUUGGCUCUCCAAAGUUUUUGCAUGAUCAGACAUUGCAAUUUUCCAAUAAACAGCGUGCUUUUUGUGUCUGAUCCCGUCUGUUGGAGAGGAAGCUUUGCCAGCUUCAGUCUGAGCACUGUGUCGAAAAAGAGAAGACUAAAUAUAUUCUGAAUAAGAGAGAAGAUGCAUCCCGCUACGGACGAAUCAGCAACAUAUGCAUUUGCCGUGCAAAGGGGACGGGUGCCACCCACACAGCCACACCACGGUCAGUUCGCCUUGACAAAUGGAGACCCACUCCACUGCCAUUCCUACUUAUCCGGAUAUAUCUCUCUUCUGUUGAGAGCGGAGCCCUACCCGACGUCCCGGUAUGGCAGUCAGUGCAUGCAACCCAACAACAUAAUGGGUAUCGAGAACAUUUGUGAACUAGCAGCCAGGAUGCUCUUCAGUGCCGUGGAGUGGGCCAGGAAUAUUCCCUUCUUUCCAGACCUUCAGAUCACAGACCAGGUGGCUCUGCUGAGGUUGACGUGGAGUGAGUUAUUUGUGCUCAACGCUGCGCAGUGCUCCAUGCCCCUGCAUGUGGCUCCUCUCCUAGCGGCGGCUGGCCUUCACGCCUCCCCCAUGUCUGCGGACAGAGUGGUGGCCUUUAUGGACCACAUUAGGAUCUUCCAAGAACAAGUGGAAAAGCUCAAAGCUUUGCACGUUGACUCUGCUGAAUAUAGCUGCUUAAAGGCAAUUGUGCUCUUCACCACAGAUGCUUGUGGCCUCUCAGAUGUGGCCCAUGUGGAAAGUUUGCAGGAGAAGUCCCAGUGCGCCCUGGAGGAAUAUGUCCGGAGCCAGUAUCCCAACCAGCCAACACGGUUUGGGAAGUUGUUACUCCGCUUGCCUUCCCUCCGCACAGUCUCUUCCUCGGUCAUAGAACAAUUAUUUUUCGUCCGAUUGGUAGGUAAAACCCCCAUUGAAACUCUCAUCAGGGAUAUGUUGCUUUCGGGGAGCAGUUUUAACUGGCCUUACAUGCCAAUUCAGUAAACCAAGAAGGAGACGAACAAACAAAAGGUGGGGUUGGGGGGCUGCGAGACUACAAUGAUUAUAGCUGCUUUUGUGGAAGGAAUAAAAAAAAACAACAACCGGCUGUUACACGGGGCUGGCUUUCAUGAAGAAAGACAUUGACGUAAAUGACUGUGAAUUCCCCCCCUACUCAAAAAAAAAAAAAAAAAAAAAAAAAAAAAUGAGACAUCCACUGAACUUUCAAAAUGGCAGAUACAUGCUCCCAGUGUUCAUGCAGAACAACCUGCUUCGAUCCUUUUUUUUAAUGAAAGAAGAAAAUGAGAAAAAAAGGGAAAGGGGAUUCUGUUGAUCCGUGUGAGGAAAUUUUAAGUAUUAAGUGCAUUUAAAAAUGAAAAUUUGGGUUAAAAGAGAAACUGGAGAAAGGGAAAAUACGAAACGUGAAUUUUCUUUUCUCAGAUGACUUGUCCUGUGUCCAUGUAUAGCUGUGUUUUGUACUUUCUUUGUUCCUCCUUUCUGGUUCCAAACCGGCCUAUGUGAUUUCUGUAGUACAGGUGGUGUUAUUUUCUAAGACAAUGGUUUAUUUUGAAAAAGGUGAAAUAAUGAAAAAAAAGAAAAAAAAAGUUCUAAAAAGAAUUAAAACCACAGCAAUAGGAGAAUAGGCUUAUGAUCUAGGCUUAAUGCUGCAAGCGCACUUAUGUUGUUAGGAUGACCAAUCUGGACAAAAGGGAGUUUUUUUCUUCUUCUUCUUCUUUUUUUUUCUUUCUUGGAGUUCAUGUUAAACUUUAUGACCCAGCGGAAACACUUCGCUCUUUAUUACUAUGAAGUUACAGGAUCCACUUUUGUUUUCCACUCCUGCUUUUAACUAAAGCUGCAUAAGCUCUCUUAAAUUUUUAAAUUAAUUAGUUUGACGCUGACAGACACGAGGGCUUUACACGAUUUUAAUUAUUUGGCGAAUAAUCUUCCCAGUUUCAUCAAGCUCUGAAUAUUUGGCUUCAGUCCCCCAAUUGGAUACAAUAGUAAUAAUAUUUUUUCUUAAAAAAGAAAUUUUUACAAGUUGCCUAGACCUGCUGUUAUAAAAGAUAUGUAAAAUAGGUUGCUCUAAAUGCAGUACAUGCGCAUUUAAGAGCUUUUGCAGAAGCUGAAAACUGUACUGAAAGCAUAGUUGGCUUGCUUGAAGAAAAAAAAAGUUGGAGAGGUCAAGGGUCAUAAAAGUUUGAAGCCUAGCCAGAGUAGUGUUUAAUAGCAGUAUUAUUACAGCGUCCCUGAAAUGUCACCCUUUAUUCACUUCAAGCAUUAAGUGCCUGACAAGCAUGGUGUGAUUUCUUAUCAAAACGUUGUUAAAGUAGGCCUACAACAUUUUGGGGGGGGAACACAAUUAGAUAUGAAACUUCAGUCAUGUAUUUCACUUGAAAAAACUGAUUAGAGGCAGUAUUCUUGUAAAUAUAGGUCAAUUCAUUUCAACGAGUUUUUUCCUUCAUACAAAGUAUAUGUGAUUAAGAAAAAUCUGUGGUUGCCAUUUUUUUUUCUUCUCGGUAAUACAACGUCUUCAAAAUUGAGUGGCAGACUUAGCUAGUAGCACUGAAAGUUAUGUUUUUAAUGUAUAUACAUAUUACUACAAAUGUUUUCUUUUUCAUGUAUAUUUAGACUGUGAAUGCAUGGCCACAGGUCGCUAACCUAUUUUACCUUUGAUAUAUAAAUGUAAAUGUUUUUCUCUCUCUUUCUUUCACUCUUUUUUUUUGGACUGUAUAGAUAUAAUCUGUGCAUUCAGUACACUAGCCCUUGUAUUUAAAGCAACAGAAAAAGAAAAAGAAAAGAAACGACGUUCAUUAUUAGGCUACAGACUUAAACAGGGUGAGCAGGUUUGGGGACAAAAAAUUUUUAAAAAAAAUCUGAAAAAAAAAGGAGCUGAUAUUUUAACUUUAGUGUUAUGGCUCCUUUUGGUCUCUGACAGGUGCCGUGGUGUGCAUGCGCGUGUGCGAGAACGUGUGUGUGUGCGUGCGCGUGUGUGUGCGUUUGGAAGCUAGCAAUUUUGUCCUUGUUUUGAGGCUUUUCUUCAACACACACAUACAAAAAAAACACACAAAAAAACACCAUGUUGUGGUUGAAUUAAAAGGGAUCACUGAUUGAACACUGAUCUUUGGCUGUUCGGAGCCACAUAUGGACCAGAGAAUGAUACAUGAUUGUAAUUAUGAACAGUUUAAACUGACCCACGUUUUUAUAUAAAUAUAUAAAAAUAUAUGACUGCAGGGUAUUGAUAACGUAUAGAUACUUUUUUUAUCAUUAUUAUUAUUAUUAUUAUUAAUUGCAAGUGAUAUAUGUGAGUGUGUGUGAAAGUUUAUAGUUGAACACAAUUCUUGUUUGUUUGUGUUAGCUUAUUGUAAACAAGCAUUCUGCUGUAAAUUUGUUCUUGGUAUUAAAUUAUAAUUUAUGAAUUUGAAAA